AUGGUAAAUGUUUUUGAGUUUCUAUUCCUGGUUUCAUCUAUCUGUCUGAGCGCCUCUGUUUUGGAUUUUGGCAAGUUGUAUUGCUUGGCUCAGAUAGAAACUGAUUAUUAUCAUUUAUGCAUUUUUUUUAUCUGCAGUUCACAAGAUUGGAAGGCUAGGUUAAAGAUUCCACCACCUGAUACACGAUAUAAAACAGAGGAUGUGACGGCUACCAAAGGAAAUGAAUUUGAGGACUAUUUUCUAAAACGUGAAUUACUCAUGGGAAUCUAUGAGAAAGGCUUUGAAAGACCAUCUCCUAUUCAAGAAGAAAGUAUUCCGAUCGCUUUAACUGGUAGUGAUAUUCUUGCUAGAGCGAAGAACGGAACUGGAAAGACAGCUGCAUUUUGCAUUCCCGCCUUAGAAAAGAUUGAUCAGGAUAACAAUGUAAUCCAAGUUGUUAUCCUCGUUCCAACUCGAGAGUUGGCUCUUCAAACUUCACAAGUGUGCAAGGAACUCGGAAAGAAUUUGAAUAUUCAAGUUAUGGUUACAACAGGUGGUACCAGUUUAAAGGAUGAUAUCAUGCGACUAUAUCAACCAGUUCAUUUAUUAGUUGGAACUCCAGGAAGAAUAUUAGAUCUUGCAAAAAAGGGUGUUUGUGUGCUGAAAGAUUGUUCUAUGCUUAUCAUGGAUGAGGCAGACAAGCUCUUGUCUCCAGAGUUCCAACCCUCAAUAGAGCAGCUGAUACGCUUUUUGCCUGCAAAUCGGCAGGUUCUUAUGUAUUCCGCUACCUUUCCCGUUACUGUGAAGGACUUCAAAGAUAGAUAUCUUCACAGGCCCUAUAUUAUAAACUUAAUGGACGAGCUCACUCUAAAGGGUAUCACCCAAUUCUAUGCAUUUGUUGAAGAAAGACAAAAAGUGCACUGCCUUAAUACUCUUUUCUCUAAGCUGCAAAUUAACCAGUCAAUUAUCUUCUGCAAUUCGGUAAAUCGAGUUGAGUUGUUAGCCAAAAAAAUUACUGAACUUGGUUAUUCUUGUUUCUAUAUUCAUGCAAAGAUGCUGCAAGAUCAUCGUAACAGAGUAUUUCAUGACUUCCGAAAUGGUGCAUGCAGAAAUCUCGUUUGUACUGAUUUAUUUACAAGAGGAAUAGACAUUCAAGCAGUAAACGUCGUUAUUAACUUCGAUUUCCCCAAGAAUUCAGAGACGUAUCUACACAGGGUUGGACGAUCUGGAAGGUUUGGACACCUUGGGUUAGCUGUGAAUUUAAUCACCUAUGAGGAUCGUUUCAAUUUGUACAGGAUUGAACAAGAACUUGGAACGGAAAUAAAACAAAUACCACCCCAUAUUGACCAGGCAAUCUACUGCCGGUAAUUUGUGGUGGGCAUUGGAUCCCAGGGUAAACAAUUGGCAGCAGGUAAAAAUCGUACUGUGCUACCUAAU